AUGACCACAGUUGACACUUCAAACUGGCGGAAACCGGUGAUAACAUCCUCUGUGCAAGACAGGAUCCAGAUUGCGCUCACAGCACUGGAACAGUCUGUCCAAACCCUUUCUUCCGAUGGUCAAUUUGUCUCGAAAUACUACCAGUCUGGAUUAUUGUACUCUCAGAUGGCCGAGUUUGACCGUAUAUCUAAUCAGACAUUGUACAAGGACAAACUGUUGAGUUUUUUCCAGUCGAGGGAGAAUGAAAGAGAGGGGUCUUUGAAGCCUCUCAAUAUUCCUGUCGCUGCUCAGUUUCUUAGAGAUGGCCUGCAAGUUACCUUCGCCUUUUAUUCUAUAACCCAUCCUGAUCCGCCGUCUAGCACCUACGGAUAUGCAGCUGCACGCUCCUAUUCUGUAUACAAUGAAAUUGCAUUUCUCAACUUUGCGAUAAACUGGUGGAAGUGGGCCUCAUCAUCGACCAUCACGGAUAGCGAAGUCAUCUCAGGAGCCGUCGCUGGAAAGAACUUCACCUUACAAACGCAUUGCAUGAAUAAUCCUGUCACUGGAGGGACGUUUGAUACUCUUGACCCAACCAAUGCCGUUGUAUCGUUAUUAUCGUCUGACUAUUACUUCAUGUACGAAGCGACACCAUCGAACAAAACCUACCUCGAAUUCGCUACGCAGUCCUUCAACUUUAUUCGAUCCCAGCUGUUCACGUCAUCGGAAUACCUCCCGCAAAACUCGAUAUCCUUGGACUCACAAGACUCGACAAAGUGUACGACUGCUGCAUCUGGUGACUCAGUCAAUGUUGGAGCAUGGAUUGAGGGGCUCACUGUCAUCAAUCGUAUUGCUGAUGAUGCGAGUCACGAACAACUGUGGGUGAACGAUUUCAUAACUACAAGGAACGCUCUUACUCAUACUGCAGUACCUUCUCGGGUUUUUAGCGUGCAAGGGAGCGUCAUGAGCGCCAUAACCAAGAGCGAUUGGCAUACCAGCGAUCAAAUUCUUUUAAGCCCAGGGACUCUGAUGGGUAAUAUCAAUCUCCCCCGUGGGCUUGCCGCCAUUUACCAGAACACUAAAUCACUCGAACUCCGCGCCGACAUCGAGAAGUAUCUGGCAGUUCAGUACAACGCCAUCCUGGAUCUGAGCACUGUCAACGGCAGCAACACCUAUAGCUAUAAUUGGACUGGACCACCAAUGACGGAUCCCGCUUUCGAUUUUGAUGCGCAAGUUACUGCGCAGGGCGUUUUAAUCGCCGCAAUUACCCUUUCAGGCCCUGGUUCUGGCAAUCCAAACACGUCAACUAGCUCAAGCUCCUCACACUCUUCGUCUGUGAAGGCCAUUGUGGGGGGUGUAGUGGGGGGUGUUGCCGGUCUCGUUGUCGCCCUGGGGCUCUUUCUCUACUUGCGACAUCGUCGUACUAAAGAGAUGAGUAAACGUGGAGGCCCAAUGGACAUAAGCCCGUAUGGAAUCAAUGAAAUAAGAGGUGAUACUAUUGUAGGGACAUCCUCCGCAAUUCGGGAAAAGGGACAACCACUCCGCCAAGUGUCCGGUGAUCACCAACCAGUAGCGGAAGGACCGUCAUUAUCAAGAAGUGAGGGAGAUCGAGAUCACCAACUACCCGUAGCGGAAGGACCGUCAUUGCCGAGGAGUGAAGGAGAUCAGGACAACGAGCAGCCACCCCGCAUAAACGAUGUUAUCCAAAGGCUCCAAACUGACAUGCAUCGUGUGCUUCAGGUUUUGCAUCGGAGGCCGGAUGGAGAUUCCGAAAGUGUUGGCACACAGGAUAUGCCACCGGAGUAUCCAGGAAGGUAG